AUGGCCGCCGCCCGCACCCAACAUGGCCGCCGGUGCCUCAGGGUCCGCCCCGUGCGCAUGCGCGGGGCGAUGCAGCGCGGGCUGAGGGCGCUGCUCCGGGAGCCGCCGCCAUGGCGGCCCCGCCGCCCCCCGCCCGCCCUGAGGGGCCCGGCCCGCAGCGCCCCGGGACAGCUCUGCGGUCCUGCCCGCCCGCUCUGCACCGCCCCGGGACAGCUCUGGGGCCAGGCCCGCCCGCUCUGCACUGCUCCGGGACAGCUCUGCGGUCCUGCCCGCCCGCUCUGCACUGCUCCGGGACAGCUCUGCGGUCCUGCCCGCCCGCUCUGCACCGCUCCGGGACAGCUCUGGGGCCAGGCCCGCCCGCUCUGCACCGCUCCGGGACAGCUCUGGGGCCAGGCCCGCCCGCUCUGCACCGCUCCGGGACAGCUCUGGGGCCAGGCCCGCCCGCUCUGCACCGCCCCGGGGCCGCCGGCGGCCACGCACUAUCGCCUGGUGUACACCUGCAAGGUGUGCCAGACCCGCUCGGCCAAAUCCAUCUCUAAGGCUGCCUACCACCGAGGGGUGGUGAUCGUGACAUGUCCUGGCUGCGGGAACCACCAUGUCAUCGCCGAUAACCUGGGCUGGUUCUCCGACCUGGAGGGAAAGAGGAAUAUCGAGGAGAUCCUGGCAGCCAAAGGGGAGAAGGUGAGACGUGUGGCUGGUGAGGAAGCCCUGGAACUGCUGCUGGAAAGCUCUGCAGAGCCCGGCCCCCAAGGUCAGCUGGCAGAGGGGGAUGGCGGGGAAGCCCCCCCAGAUCCUGGCAGCAAGGGACACACCUGACACGAGGGAUUGUGGCCUGUGGGACUGAUGUGACACGUGACAUUGUGGCCUGUUGGACAGACCUGCCAUGUGGGAUUUGGAUCAUUCUGCUUGUGGCAAGAGACUGUUCACCUUCAUUCUCUGAUUUCAACUGUUUGUUUUUAAAAUAAACUUGGGCUUGAGUUUUC